UGGAAUCCAGUGCUGCAUUUCAGUAGAGGAAGCCCUGUCUGUGUACGUGCCUUUUACCUCGUACUACCUCUCAUCCAGCCUACAUCAGUCAGGCUCUCAGGAUCCUGCGCUGAGACAUCUGAAGGACUUCAAGGCAACAACAGGUGCUCGAGAAUCUUGAAAAUAUGCCGGGAUUUUUCCAGUUGUUGAGGAAGAAAAAGGAGCUGAUCCCUCUGGUAGCUUUCAUCUCUUUUGCUGCAACAGGAGCCGCCUCUGCUGCUCUGUACUUCCUAUUUACUAAACCCGAUGUCAUUUUGAAUAAGAGCAAAAACCCAGAACCAUGGGAGAGAGUGGACCCAACAAAACCCCAAAAGCUCAUCACCAUCGGUCAGCAGUGGAAACCAGUGGAGGAGCUGGAGAUUGUGAGGAAACUCACCAAGUAAAAAAAAAAAAAAGGCGGGCAUCUCCUAGAAAGAUCCACAGUUUGAGUACUUGCCUGCCCCCCAUCAGUCUAACAGAAUCCUUUCUGCACAAACUAGGAUGCUUUGACACUCAGUGUGCGGAAAUGCUUCUGCUCCACUGGUGGGGUUUCACCCUGCUCUGUAGUGGCUCAGCUCAAGGACGUCCAUCCUCAGCAGUACAAAACUGUCAUGAAGUCAAGUGAAAAAAAAAAAACUCACACUGGUUUUCUGGGAUUCUGCGUA